UAUCUAAAGAUAGUUCGCAGCGUUACAUCACAGGCGUGGUGGGGCCGGGCGUUAUAGAUAUUAGAAGCACAUAGGCAAACAUCUUCGGACCGCAUUCACUCCAGGCCACCGAGACCGGCCGGUUACUUCUGUGAGCGGCUCAGGAGGCGAAGGUGGAACACACGUGUACAGGGAGAAGCGCGCCUGGCAGGAGCACUACCGCAGCACCCCGCGGCAACCCGAAUCCGCCUCCCUCGAGCAUAUGCUCGGAUCCCUCCGGGCAGACAUGAGCCGCCAAGGAGUCCAGACCCCCCAAAAGGGAUGCUGCAACGCGUGCGAGAAACCCAUCGUCGGACAGGUGAUCACGGCGCUGGGCCGCACGUGGCAUCCCGAGCACUUCACGUGCGCCCACUGCAACCAGGAGCUCGGCACUAGGAACUUCUUCGAGCGCGACGGCCGGCCGUACUGCGAGCCCGACUACCACAACCUCUUCUCGCCCAGAUGCGCCUACUGCAACGGCCCGAUCCUCGACAAAUGCGUGACCGCGCUGGAGAAGACCUGGCACACGGAGCACUUCUUCUGUGCUCAGUGCGGACAGCAGUUCGGAGAAGAUGGUUUCCAUGAACGGGACGGCAAACCGUACUGCCGUGCCGAUUACUUCGACAUGUUCGCGCCCAAGUGCGGAGGCUGCAGCAAGCCUAUCAUGGAAAACUACAUUUCCGCACUUAACACCCAGUGGCAUCCUGAUUGCUUCGUCUGCAAGGAAUGCCGCGAGCCCUUCCACGGCGGCUCAUUCUUCGAGCACGAAGGGCAGCCCUACUGCGAGACGCACUACCACGGCAAGCGCGGCUCCCUCUGCGCCGGCUGCCACAAGCCCAUCGCCGGCCGCUGCAUCACCGCCAUGUUCCGCAAGUUCCACCCUGAGCACUUCGUCUGCGCCUUCUGUCUGAGGCAACUCAAUAAGGGCACCUUCAAAGAACAGAAUGACAAGCCGUACUGUCAUACCUGCUUUGAAAAGUUGUUUGGGUAGACGAGAGAUGGCGCUGUUAUCAAAUAUGAAUUAAGAGCUUUCGGUAAACACAAUAAACUGUCAUAAUGCGGUACCGCGCCGCUGCCAACGCUUUAUUUUUGAAUUGAUAAUUCAUUAUACCGCAAUUAUAAGGAGCAGAACGAUAAUCCAUACUGUCAACUUGCUUUGAGAAACUCUUCGGUUAUACAGAUGGCGCUGUUGUCCAAGUUUAAACGCGCUUUCGAUAAAGUACAGAUAUGCUGAUUUUAAGAAACAUCUGGACGUCACAAUUACAUCUAAAAUCACAAUAAACUACAAGUAGUUUAUUUAUUUACACAUCACAAGUGACGUUUUGCAAUUAUCGCUUUUUUAAUUGCCAAAUUAAACGCCAAGAGCCUACUUUCCCUUUUGGCGUCCUAACACCAUGCAACAACUCAGCAGUACAAGUUGGUAACUUGGUACUUGUUACCAGAUCUACACAAUCUUUAAACAUUUGCCGUAAGGCGACACGACUGCGAUAGAUAUGAUAGAUUCGACCGAUAUAUCGACAAAUAAUGAGAAGAAUACAUAUGUAUCUUUCACUAUUUUAUGAAUUUCCAUUUAAAAUACAUAAUUAAGUACAAAGUUCAUUAUUAUACGAUAUGCGUUAACCAUUGAAAUCAGGAAGUCAUUUUGUUUACAUGGACGGAUUUAAUAUGUAAUGAUAACACGAAUCGAUUAUAAUCUAAUUUUAAAGGACAUCACACUGAUUACAUAUAUUACUUACAUUAUACCUAAAGAUGUUCGUUGUGACCGUAUUGACCAUAUCCUCCUAAGGCCCAAUGUCCUACCUAUAGUACUUAUUCAGUUCGAUGAAAUUUAAAUCAUAUUCAAUUGGAAUAGAGUCGCAAUUGUUUUGUCUCGUUCAAUUUUCAAACAACACCAAAAUCAACUGUAUUCCCUGCACUAUAGGUUCAAAUUUCAGUGACAAAUUCUGGAUUUUUCAUUUGUAUGGCUGGGCCUUAGUAGGGUAUUACGAUAACCAGUACAAACAGUUAGUAUCGGUAUAAUGCCGAAAAGUAGACUUUCGAAUUCUAAGCUCUUAUUGAAAUUUGUGAUUGUGUAAAUUUCUUAUUAUAAGAGUAGACGAUGAAAAUGUUCAAAAAGUAGAAAUCGAGUAGUUAUGGUGCAUCUGAAUAAAUGUAAUGAAUGUCAAUAUUUCAUUAAUUAAUGAUAAAUGUUACAAUACAAUUUAUACAAUAAGGAAUAAUAAUGUACCUAAUUGUAAUACGAUUGUCACUGUCAGUUACAUAAAUGCAGGCACGCUGUUGUUUAUUUACUUUAUUUAUUAUAACCUCAUUUGUGCAAGUGAUAAAUAACGGUGAUUUACGUAAGGAUAUGUAUGUUUGUCUUGUAGAACUUUGCCUUUAUUAAUUUUAACAUCAACUAUAAGAAUAUCAAAGUGUCAAACAACUUAGGUAAACACAUAGUUUGAUUAACCUUUUGGACGCCGUUUCAAAAACACAAAAGCUGUCACUCGGACGCCACGUCAACGAAGUGUCAAAACUGAAAUUGAACUUUAUGCAUAUGCACGUGGGUCUAUGUUCCUCUGUGGUCUGUGACAGACAAAUCCGUCUUUGGCGUUGAACCUGCGGCGCGGAUAUAUCGAUCAUUGGCGACCAAAAGGUUAAAUAAAUGUGUUUGCUAAUUAUAAUGUCAUAGUUUUAAAACGCAUACAAUACCUAUAUGUCAUGCCAAUGUAGACGGCCUACUAAGAAAUGUUUGGUCUAACAGUCAAUACAAAAAUGACAACCGAAACUGAAUUUACUGCCAACUCUGUGUUAGUAAACUCCUGACUAAAUAACACCUAACUAGUGUAGUGUGAUAAAACUAAGUACUAAAUGACCGACGAAUUAGACGUUUUAAAUGGGGUUAGGUACCUGUACAAAAAAUAUUAAGUAAGCAUUGUAGCGGCCAGUACAACCUUUACUUUAUUUUAUUUUGACGCAGAAUAAAGUUGGGCAGGCAGACCUUGUCAGUAACAAAAAGCGGCAAAUUUGAAAAAUUUAGGCGCGAAGGGACAUCGUCUCAUAGAAAAUUUGAAUUUCGCGCCUUUUUCUACUGACAAGAUUUGCUUGACCAUCUAUAUUACGUUCAUUGAGAAAAAACUUACUGUAUACCUAUAUACAUAUAUACUGACCAUUUGUAUACCAAAGGCCGAGAUGACAAUCUUUUAUAGACAAACUCCAAUCGAAGAGUAAAAAUGUAACGAGAUGACAGACGCAAACGAAAAGUCCCGUGAUCAUUUACAUACAUUAUAAGUUUCGAUUGCCGUUUCGGCCCCCUGAGGGCCUACCGCGAAACACGAUCGACGUGUUGCCUCUCUGUCGCACUUGUAGAUACGUACGUAAGUGUGACAGGGAGGCAACACGUCGAACGUGGUUCGUGGCCCUCUGAUUGCGAUCGAUGAGAUGUUUACUUACGACCUAAUACAAAUGGCCAAAAUAUUGAUUUAAACUUUCACGAUUAUUAAACAUUAUCAAACUGCACAACGGGACUUAAUCGCGUAUUUAAGUUUUAAGAUUUACCUCCGACGUUUCCAGGACGGCGUUGUCCCCGUGGUCUCGGAGAAGACUGGCUCAAGUUGACAUCAACAUCUUCUAGCCGCGCGAGUUUUUCGAACUACCCGCACUUGGUCUUGUUUAUCAGUUUGAACGUUUUGCGCACUAGGGAUGUCACUCUGUCGACACACAACACUAACGAUAUUCGAUUUAUCGACUGUCGAUAUUCGUUUCCGCUUACAUUUACUAAUGACUGGAUUCCAUGUGGAUGAGAUCUUAAAACCCUCGUCCCGAUUAAAAUUGCAAUGUUUUUUGAUUUCAAUGGCUUCCCGCACUUAAAACUUAAAUACGCGAUUAAGUCCUGUUGUGCAGUUUGAUAAUGGCCAAAAUAUGUUGAAACAUGAGUCACACUUGCUUUCUAUGAUACAUGUAGAAAGUUCCCUGACUACAUGUGACUCCAUUUGGUUAAAAUACAUAUGACUCAUCAUGGCUCUUGUUAUGAACUAGGUUUCCAUGCGUCAUAUAUUGUAGAACUAUCUGUUGUUAAAAAGGAAUUUAUUGUGUAAAGAUGCUACUGAUGAAAUCAUCUGAAAUUAUGUCGGCUUUUAGUUAGCUUAAUCGCUUCACUGGCAGCCUUGCAUUUCGUACGCGAAAGUGCAAUUAUAUAACAAAUUCAGUGGUAGCUACAGUACCUCAGCAUACCAUUUCAACAGUAUUUGUAAUAAGUUGGCUGCAAACCUUUCAUUGCAAACUAAGUUUCAAGUUAUUUCCCUGUAUCGUAAGGAAUUUCAUCGCACGUGUAACAAGUCAACGGUAGCUAAACGAUUUGUUCCAAUUUUAAUUAAUAAUUGCGGAACAAAUUCAGGUAAUUGGGUGACUAACUUAAAUUGGAAGCUAGGUAUGUCAAUAAUAUAUAUCGGGACAUUCAAGUGGCUCAUUUCCACAGUGCAAUUUCCCCAUAUUAAAUACUUGAUAUUACCUAGAAAUAGCAGCAGCAUUGUCCCAUGGUUGCUAUUGACAUGACUGAUCUUGUUCUUUAUGUGGUAUGAUAUACGAAACUUACUUACUUAGUACGAAAGUAGUUACCUACCUGUUUUACUUUUUAAUUCGUAUUGUUGAUGUGACACGUGCUAUAAGCCGAUAUAUUUUCUAGAAGCAUUGUUUGAAAUGUGUAAAAUAUCGAUUCCUAUCAACCUUGGUACAACCUUUCAAUAAUGCAAAAUGACACUUAUUAUCACCGUGUCAAGGUGUAUUUUAAAUGGCGCGUCGUAUUUUACGUACAUUUUAUGUUACGCUUUGAUAAUCGAUAACGCGUUGUUAAGUUCUAAUUCUUCCAUUAGUGUUAAACGCUGUACAGUUAUCGCUUUUGUUAUGUUCAUAUAUUUUUAUUGCUGUGCGUUAUCGCAAGAAUAAUUAACAAUAUUUGGUGUAUGGAAGUAACAUUCGUUUUUCUAAAUUUCACAUUCGUGUUCUUUACGCCGAUUUAACACUUGUAUGGCGCCAUACGCCAUUGAAAUUAUAUUUUGUCAAAUAUAGGUAUUGAGACACGGCCGAGGGUAGGUACUAUGAUAAUUUUGGCCUGACACUUUUUUGUGUGGAUUAAACAGUCCAUUUUUAUACCAUCAAGGUCAAGGUACAAACCUAAAGUAAACUACACAGUACAAAUCAUCAGACCUAACUUUAAAGUAACUAACGAAAUACCUUGUUUGUACCGUAGUGUUACUUCCAUCGCCAGUUUGUUUUGUCAGUUAUCUAGGAGUAGUGAGCAAGUGCCAAACGCCGGCAGUUGUUGCGCCGCCCGCCUAGCUGAAUUAACCGCUCAACGAAAACUGUGCCUUACGCCAACGCGUUUAAAAAGUUUUCGCUUUGAACAUAGUUGGUAGAACGUAAACGCCUGUUGUAUAGCACUUCGUUGAAUUGUUAAUGUUCAUAUUAGAUCAAAUUGGCUUGGACUAUUUCGUUAAUUUAAUUGAUAUAAAACGAUUAGGAAAUAAGAUAAUUCCUUUUGUUUUUGCUAGCGAUCCCUAUACACUAUUAUCAGUAUUAAAAAUCAUGUGCCUAAUGAUAUAAUUCUACUUUAAAUUGUGUAACUAAAAGCCAAUGCCAUCCGACAUUACUAACUUUCAAUGUUAAUCACCAGAAAAAAACAAAUAGCAGCAAGGUCAUUGCUAGGUAAUAAUGUAAAUAUGUAUUGUUGUCACAGCUGGGCGGGCCCUAUGUUAUGUUAAUCGCUUCGCUUGCGGUGGACGGGCCGCGUAACUUAGGUGGACGUAAUGGAUGUAAAACGUAGCGUAAGGGACGAUUUUAUUGAAUCUGUAAUAUUUUAACAAAAUAUAUUUAAUGUUUUUUUA